AUGGAGAGCCGAAAGAUGUUCCUCGCCUUUCUCGCCCUCUCGAGUCUCACCGUCUUUGCUCUCGUUCUUCCAGUUGGCCCUAUACUCUGGCAACAUACGGUCACGGCAUAUUACGCAUCACAGCAUGACAAACUAGCGCAUGCUCUCUGGUGGGAUCAAUGGUACUCAUGGGUCCUCUUUGCUGGCCCCCUCGGUCGUUUGCCUGUCGGGGUUGUCUUUGGUUUCCGCCUUUUGCGCCUUCAGAGGGGGCCGAAUACAACCAAAUCCCUUGGAUCAAUGAUUAGCGAGCCAUCUCUUACGAUAUUUAUUGUAGUCCAGAUCGCUCUCUGCUUAGCGCUCUUCACAAUGGCACUUUUGAUCCUUGGGAUCCGGGAUGUUCUACAAGGCCACACGACCUUUGACAGGAUAAUAGGCCCGCGCGGCAAGCUGUAUUGGAUACCCGCCGCCGAUGACGAUACGUUGUCGGAAGGUGAAGUGAUUGCGUGUCCCUCAGGUGUCAAUGCGUAUGAUCUCGGAUGGCAGCGCAACUGGGCCGACCUCGUGGCACGUCCCCUCAUCGGCACCGUCUGCCUUGACCGCGAUGUGAUUCCUGUGGUCAAUGCGACAACGGUGUUACAUGAAAAGGCCCAACGUAGGUCAGGCGCAUAG